AUGUACAGCAUGAUGAUGGAGACCGACCUGCACUCGCCCGGCGGCGCCCAGGCCCCCACGAACCUGUCGGGCCCGGCCGGGGCGGGAGGGGGCGGCGGGGGCGGAGGUGGCGGGGGCGCCAAGGCCAACCAGGACCGGGUCAAGCGGCCCAUGAACGCCUUCAUGGUGUGGUCCCGCGGACAGCGGCGCAAGAUGGCCCAGGAGAACCCGAAGAUGCACAACUCGGAGAUCAGCAAGCGCCUGGGUGCCGAGUGGAAGGUCAUGUCCGAGGCCGAGAAGCGGCCGUUCAUCGACGAGGCCAAGCGACUGCGCGCCCUGCACAUGAAGGAGCACCCGGAUUACAAGUACCGGCCGCGCCGCAAGACCAAGACGCUGCUCAAGAAGGACAAGUACUCGCUGGCCGGCGGGCUGCUGGCGGCCGGCGCGGGCGGCGGCGGUGCGGCCGUGGCCAUGGGCGUGGGUGUGGGCGCCGCGGCCGUGGGCCAGCGCCUCGAGAGCCCGGGCGGCGCGGCGGGCGGCGGCUACGCGCACGUCAACGGCUGGGCCAACGGCGCCUACCCCGGCUCGGUGGCGGCGGCGGCGGCCGCCGCAGCCAUGAUGCAGGAGGCGCAGCUGGCCUACGGGCAGCACCCCGGCGCGGGCGGCGCGCACCCGCACGCGCACCCAGCGCACCCGCACCCGCACCACCCGCACGCGCACCCGCACAACCCGCAGCCCAUGCACCGCUACGACAUGGGCGCGCUGCAGUACAGCCCCAUCUCCAACUCCCAGGGCUACAUGAGCGCCUCGCCCUCGGGCUACGGCGGCCUCCCCUACGGCGCCGCGGCCGCCGCCGCCGCCGCCGCGGGCGGCGCGCACCAGAACUCGGCCGUGGCGGCGGCGGCGGCAGCGGCGGCCGCGUCGUCCGGCGCCCUGGGCGCGCUCGGCUCGCUGGUCAAGUCGGAGCCGAGUGGCAGCCCGCCGGCCCCGGCGCACUCGCGGGCGCCGUGCCCCGGGGACCUGCGCGAGAUGAUCAGCAUGUACUUGCCGGCUGGCGAGGGCGGCGACCCGGCGGCGGCGGCCGCCGCCGCGGCGCAGAGCCGGCUGCACUCGCUACCGCAGCACUACCAGGGCGCGGGCGCCGGCGUCAACGGCACGGUGCCCCUGACGCACAUCUAG